ACAAGAAACAUUCUCCAGUUCUAAGUUAUCGCUCCUCUCUUCAACACACAUCUUCUUCGACUUCUUCAAGCGUAAGAAUCUCACGCGUUUCUUCCCGAAGAAAUAUGUCGCCCCGCAAAGUGAUCGUAGACGUCGAUGUUGGCACGGAUGAUGCCUGGGCUUUGCUUCUUCUUCUAAAGUGUGAAAGCAAGUUCAAUUUCAAGGUUGAGGCCAUCACCUGCACUCAUGGAAACACCGACGUACACAACGCAACCAGAAACGUCAUCCGGAUCUUGACCGCCAUUGGCCGUACGGAUGUACCGGUGUACAAGGGAGCCGUAGAACCGUUGAUCACGCCCGUUCCGGACCGUGAACGGCAUUUCCACGGAGUGGACGGAUUCGGAGAUAUGAACUUUGAAGAACCGGAUGAGACGCUGGUGCAGCCAGGACACGCCGUGAAUGAACUGGCCCGCAGGUUGAACGCAGAUCCCGGUAACAUUUCGCUGAUUUUUGUGGGACCGCUGACAAAUCUGGCGUUAUGCUUGAAGUUGUACCCGGAAGUGCGCGAGAAGAUCAAGGACCUGUACGUGAUGGGCGGCAACCGCCAUGGAGUAGGCAACGUGACGAAGAGCGCCGAAUUCAACUUUUGGGCCGAUCCAGAAGCCGCGCACAUCAUCUUCAACAAUCUGACCUGUCCGAUCACGCUUCUUCCAUGGGAAACUUGCGUGUCCGAGCAUCGGGAGUUGGAAAUGACCUGGCGAAUGGACGUUGUAGGCAAGACGGCCAACAAGGCUGUGCUGAUGCUGAACGAGGUGGAAACCAAAUGCUACGGACAUUGGCAGAACUGGAUGCCCUGUGAUGCGUUUGUAGUGGCCGUUUUCAUCAAGCCGGACAUUGUGGUCCACUCGGAACAUUGGCACGUGGACAUUGAGCUGACGGGAACACUGACAAGAGGCCAAGCGGUACUGGAUCACAAAAAGCGAACCAAGGAGAAUACAAGAAUCGUUGACAGGAUCGACACGCACUACUUCAAGCACAUGAUGAUGUAUGCUGCUGAUCACGAUGUUGAACAUCAUUUAUAAUUGAAUUUUUAAUAAAUAUCAAGUUUUAAACCAUCAACACAAAUACAUUUAUUUACAACAACCUA